AUGGAUCAGUCCUCUGAUGAAGUGGAGGCCCGCACCUUUGUGGAGGUCCUCAGCGACAAGUACAACACAGAGAACUUCCCCUACGGUCAAGGCCUGGGUGUCGUAGUGCUGCCCUCCCCUCCUGGAUCCCCAGUCAAAGGUCGUCUGUUCUUGCCGAACGUGUUGGUUCUGAACGACUGUGGCAUCAAAAAGGCGGGUGACAGGUCCAACAUUGCUGCUUUCUGUGCCCAUGUGGUUGAGCUGGACCUGUCCUACAAUGAGAUCCACGACUGGGCUGAGAUCUGCGCUAUCGUUUCCAACGUCCCUCGCUUGGACUUCCUCAACCUGAGCAUGAACCCAUUGUGCGGCGCCACGCUGGAGCCGUGCAUGGCCAACGUGUUUGCCCGGUUGCGUCGGCUCGUCCUCAUUAACACACAAGUCAGCUGGGACACCGUUCACGCACUCACGCAAAACACUUCUGAGCUGGUGGAGCUCUUCCUGUGCCUAAACGAAUACCGCACUGUGUCCCAGUCCAGCACGUCCUGCCCGUCCUUGCGCCUGCUGCAGAUCACCGACAACCACCUGCGUGACUGGACGGAGGUGCGCAAGUUCGGGCUCAUGUACCCCGGCCUUAACGAAUUGGUGCUGGCCAACAAUGGCGUGGAGUGCGUGGACGAGACCCGGGAAACACUGCAACGUCUCUUUCCCAACCUGCGCUGCAUCAACCUUAACAACUCAGGGCUGAGUAAGUGGGGGGACAUUGAGAGCCUGAAUUUCUUCCCUAAGUUGCAAGAACUCAAAGUGAUGGGGAUUCCACUGUUGAAGCCGUACGCGACACAAGAGCGACGCAGUCUCCUUUUAGCACAGCUGCCAAAUAUCCUUGUCCUGAACGGGGGCGCGGUAUCUGACAACGACAGGGAAGCUGCUGAAAGGUUCUUCAUCCGUUAUUACCAAGACUGUGCAGAGCAAGAGCGCCCACACAGGUACAGUGAGCUGGUAUCCAAGUACGGUCAGCUAGCCCCGUUGGCCGACGUUGAUCUGAGUCCUCGCUGCACAAUAGUGGAGGUCCGAUGGGGCGACAGGGUGGAGGCGAUCAGCCUCCGCCUGGAGCAGACGGUGACCGACCUGAAGAAGCAGCUGAGGGCGCUUCUUCAGCUGCCCUCCAACGGGAUCCGACUAUUCUACAUCAACCGGGAAAUGUGUUCGGUCGUCGGGCCGGAGGAGUUGAAGUGCGGCUUUCGGGCCCUCCACUCAUACAGCAUCCGAGAUGGAGACGAGAUCCUCGUUGUGCCCAAGGUGAAAAGCCGUGCGAACUCCUCACAUCUUUGA